GCAAAGGGUCAACCAAUGAGAACGGCCCAAGUAAGAUCUUUCUAUAACCCGCAAAACCGGAUUUUACUGGAAUUGAUAUCUCCUAGAUCGGCCUGAUUGACCAUAAAUAAAACGUUCAUACUUGCUAUGGAUAAGGGAAAAAAGCCUCGUGGUAUCCUUGAACGUCUAGAUGCUGGUGAAGUUGUGAUUGGUGAUGGGGGUUUUGUGUUUGCUUUGGAGAAAAGAGGUUACGUGAAAGCYGGUGUAUACACACCUGAAGUUGUGGUCGAAUUCCCUGAAGCAGUUCGACAGCUUCACAUCGAGUUUCUUCGCGCCGGUGCUGACGUCAUGCAGGCAUAUAAUUAUUAUGGCUCUGAAGACAAGUUGAUGAACCGAGGAAAYAAAGCCAUUAGAAUUGGGCUGAAAGAGAUUAAUGAAUCAGCCUGCAGACUGGCGCGUGAGGUUGCCAACCAAGGUGAUGCACUUGUUGCUGGCGGUCUCACASAGACUCCAUCUUACAUGGAUGGACGAGGAAAAGAAGCUGUUCAGCGAGAGUUCMAAAAACAGAUUGACAUUCUUGUGGAAAAUGGUGUGGACUUUCUCAUUGGCGAGACCUUUUGUAACGUUGAGGAAGCCGUUUGGGCUACGGAACAGUGUAAGAAAUCCUCUCUUCCAGUGGCAAUGUGUGUUUCAAUAUCUGAAAAUGGGGAUUUUGAUGGAGUACUACCAGAUGAAUGCGCUGUACGAUUGGCCAAAGCAGGUGCUGAUAUAGUAGGAAUUAAUUGUUUGUAUGGUCCAAACCGUUUGAUAAAUACUCUACGUAUGAUGAAAGAAGGUCUGGAAAAGGCUGGAAUCAAAAAGCAUCUCAUGAUUCAGCCGAUAGGAUACUUAACACCAGAAGUAAAAGGAGGAUUUGCAUCGGCUCCCGAGUUUCCUUUAGCAAUGGAACCUCGCACAGUGACUCGUUUCGAUGUCUAUAAAUACGCAAGAGAAGCCUACAACCUUGGUGUACGGUACAUUGGAGGCUGUUGUGGCUUUGAAGCCUACCACAUCCGGGCAAUUGCUCAAGAGCUGAGUAAAGAGCGUGGUAAACUACCUCCCUCAAGUGCUAAAGACGAAAUGUGGGGUGAAAAUCUACGACAACACACCUACCCRCAGGUCAGAGCUCGUGCAAGCCGAUCGUACUGGGAAAACUUAAAUCCGGCCAGCGGACGACCAUACAGUCCAGCGUUAUCKAAACCAGCCAGUGGAUGGUCGUUUACCGCUGGCCACGAAGACAUGCAGCAAUAUAACGAAAUGACAAGAGCUGAAGAACUCGAGAAAAACAUGAAAAAAGCUGCUUUGAAUUCCUAAUCAAAACAAAAAAAACAGUGAUACAAUAAAUUACGUUUAUAGACGACA